UAACUAUACAGACGUAACAUUUGAACAUGGGCGACAAAGGAGGUUUUGAUCCUUAUGAAAAUCGAAAUGUGGCUCACCCGAUAUCUGAUAUUGGGGCGUUUUUUUCGCUUCUUAAAUGUGUCGUUGGAACGGGAGUUAUGGCCAUUCCAUUAUCCUUUAAUUAUGCUGGCAUCGUCACUGGCAUAAUCCUUCUAGUUUCGGUAUGCUUUAUGCUUAUCCAUGGAAUGCAGAUGCUGAUUAUUUGCAUGAUUGAGUGCUCGCGUCGAAUGCAAAUUGGAUAUGCAACUUAUCCAGUCGCGAUGGUAUACUCAUUUGAUCAGGGACCCAGGUUCUUUAAGUAUAUCUCAAAGGCCGGAAGAUAUAUAGUCGAUGGAGUCUUGGCAUUCUCCCAAUUUGGAGUCUGUGUCGUGUACAAUGUAUUUGUGGCUGCCACCUUGAAGCAACUCGUCGACUUUUACUGGGUAGUGGCAGACUUGAGAAUCUAUAUAGCCGUGAUCGCACUCUGCCUUAUACCCCCGUUCCAGAUACGCAAACUAAAGUACCUAGUACCUUUCAACAUUUUGGCCUCCAUACUCAUCUACACCGGAUUCUCCCUGAUGAUGUACUAUCUGUUCGUCGACCUGCCUCCGAUAACGGAACGUAACAUUUUAUUUGGUCGCAUCGAUAAGAUACCUUUAUUUUUUGGUAUUGCCCUCUUCUCCAUCACAUCGGUGGGCGUGAUGCUGGCCGUAGAAGCUACAAUGGCCAAGCCACGGCACUACCUCGGCUGGUUUGGUAUACUAGAUCGGGCAAUUUUGUUGGUUAUUAUUUCGUAUGUAACUUUUGGUCUAAUGGGAUACUGGCGUUAUGGCGACGAAACUGCUGGUAGUAUUUCACUAAAUAUUCCCACAGACGAAGUACUUUCGCAAGUUGCCAAAGGGUUUAUUGCCGCGGCCAUUUUCCUGACCUAUCCAUUGGCGGGAUUCGUGAUCAUUGACAUUAUAAUGAAUCACUUUUGGAACAAAAAUGGAGAUCUCCCGAACGCGGCUUUAAAGGAGUCCAUCCUUCGUGCAUGUACUGUGGUUCUAAUUUGCAUAACUGCGAUUAUUGCUCCCAAUCUGGGUCCUCUAUUGUCGCUGGUUGGAGCGCUAACCAUAUCGCUGUUGAACCUCGUAUUUCCCGCACUCAUCGAGAUCUGUCUGUACUAUCCGCCGGAGUAUAAUUAUGGCAAACUGAAAUGGGUACUUGUGAAGGACAUAUUUUAUGUGAUUGUUGGCAUUCUCAUAUUGGUGCAAGGCACCGUCUUCUCCAUCAAGGACAUGAUUUCGGAGUGGGGUGGUGGUGAUACCACAACCGGAGGACCAGAAACCACCGCGGAGGAAACUACUGCUAACAUGUCCGCCACGCUUACCACCGCGCUUACCGCCGCUCCUCCAGAUGCACUCCGUUUCAGAUUUCUCUAAGAAGACGGACUUCUUCAACCAUGUGCGAUCGUCAAUCAGAAAUUUGUAGUAAGCUCGAUGCUUCGAGCGUGUUAUGUUAUACAAUUAUAAAUAAUUUAUUUUAAUCAAAUUUUCUAAAAAUUUU